UCUAAUCAAAAUUCUAGUCCUAUUGACCGUCCCUCUUUCAAUGGCGAGUGAAGCUGCUCCGUCUUCGUCUUCUUCCUCUGCUCCACCUAAAGAAGAGGAAGACUUGUUGUUUUUAUCCGGAGCGGAGUCGGGUUGGGUUGAGGCUCGGACUCGGUGCGAUCAUCUGGCUUCCCUGUCGUCGGAUCUCGCUCACAUCCCCACCCCCGAUACUCCUUGCCACAGGUGCCAACACCCGGAUGAGAAUUGGUUAUGUUUAUGCUGCAAGGACGUGCUCUGCAGCCGUUUUGCUAACAAGCAUAUGCUCGAGCAUUAUCAGCAGUCGAAUCAUUGUCUGGCACUCAGCUACAGUGAUCUGUCGGUUUGGUGUUUCUCCUGUGAUGCAUAUUUAGAUGCUCAAGUGAUUCUGCAACUGCGGCCUGUUUAUGAGACAGCCUACAUACUGAAAUUUGGUGAGGCGCCGCCGUUUCGGACGGUUUAAUGUAUAAAAUUUGUGAUAAUCAAGCUGAGGGUUGGAGGGUUUGUGGUCAUGCAGUUGAAGUUUUUUCAUUUUAGACUUUGAGGUUUGCUUUGGUGCAGAGGAGGGGAGUGCAGUUUUAACCGACUGUAGACCAAAUAUGUAGCAAGCUGGAUUAACUAUUAAGUGAAUUGAUUAUAAAGCUUAAAAUCUGUGUCUUCUUUUAUGUCAA